UAUUUUUUUCCCCUGGGGUCGAUCAUUCGAAAAUCGCUCUUUUUCCUUUGUAAGUUACUGAAAACCAGUUCGAAUCUGCUAAUUAAAAUUUGGCAAAUACUUGGGGUUUGCAAUCAGGAAGUGUAGUUGUAGAACGUCUUAGAAAACGGAAAAAAAAAAAACUACCAGUCCCAUUAUCCCUCGGAAGCCCUUUCCCGAGGGCAGAGUUCACUGUCACGUUGACAGGGGAAGGAUUUAAGGUUGUGGGUGUGUGGAUUCGUGCGUGUUUUUUUUUUUUCCCCCUGCCCGGAAUCGAAUCUAAAAGUUGUCCUCAAAAUUUGCAUUUGGCCUCCGUUCGGGUCUGUAUGAUAAAGUCCACUUUUAAGGACCCCCGCCAUGCGCCAGGAAGAAUCCGUGUAUUCAAAGCCCUGGUCUGAGUUCCAGGAGGCAUGAGAUUCUGGGGACCUGGGAAACUCUUCAGAACUGAGAGGGAAAAGCAAGGCACCUCCACAAGGAGAACAAGACUGUAAAAUCUUAUCUUCCACUCAACACCUGUCCUUUCCUUUCUGGGAGAAAGCAACAAUGUCAGAAAGUGAACAUCGGCCACCAGAAGAAGGCUAUUCAUUAGAAGACACACUGACAAAGACAUCUCUGGAAAAUGAGGGUGAGAUCACAUCAGGUCCCUCUGAAGAAAGUUCUACUUCUGAUCAUAUGGUUGUGACCCCAAAGAUAGAGGCAGUUGGAUCCCAAAACCUAGACCCAGAGAGUGAACCUGCAAAUUCCGACAACACAGAUGAAAGGAGAGCUCCAGAGAGAGAAAAAGAGGUGGAUCAUGGCCAAGACUCUCCAACAGGAAAAAAUGGGCAUUUCCCCAACCUCCAAGAAUUAUCUGAAAAACCAUUGGAACAAAACACAAGCGAAAAUAUAGGUAAAGCAUUGGCCUCCCAAGAGACCACUUCGGCAACACUAUCAGGUGGAGAAAAUGAGAAACUGAAAGUUCCACAGGAGCAAAAGGCUGUUGAUGUUCAACCACCAACUCCAGAUCCCAAGGAAACCCAGUCAGUCUCUGACAGAACAAAAACUUUGGAGAAAAAUGCAAGCAAUUCUUCAAGUGAAAAUGUAGACAGAGCAUUGGGCUCCCCAGGGAACAGCUCCUCAAUGCUCUCAAGUGAAGAAAAUCAGAAACCAGAAGCUCCCCAGGAGCAAAAGACUGUUGAUGCUCAACCACCAACUCCAGACCCCCAGGGAACCCAGCCAGUUUCUGACCUGACACCCAAGAAGGAAAGGCUGUUGAAGGAGCAUCACCCCUUACAAGACAGUGCUGAAAGCCUUGGACAACAAAGCAGAGAGCAAACACCUGACAAUGGAAGGGGAAUCAUUCAAAACGUUUUUUUGAAAUAUGAAUACUUCUUUUAUGCUUUCAUGGGUAUAUUCCUUAGUAUUUUCCUGAUCACCAAGAUGGAUCUAUAUUCAGAUUUAUAUUCUUCUCAGGCUCAGUCUCUGCCAGACAACCCUGCCCUGAAUGCCUUCUUGGCUGAAUUCAGCCUCCUAAAACACAAAUUUCCAGGUCAGAGCUCUUUCCUGUGGCAGAGAGGGCGCAAGUUUCUGAAAAAGCACCUCAACACUUCUCACCCCACAGAGCCAGCUACUGUCAUCCUGACAGCUGCUUGGGAGGGAAAGGAAACCCUCAAGUGCCUAAGCCACAACCUUGCGGAUGCCUACUCCUCUUUCAUGAAUCUCCCUGCCAUUCGGAUUGACGGCACUAAACAAAGUCUGAAAGACAGUGAUGACUGUAAAGUUGAGGUGGAUGAGAAGUUGAGCUCUGGAUUCAGGAACGGCAAGAAGGCGGCCGUAGUUCACCGCUUUGAGUCACUCCCUGCAGGCUCCACCCUGAUCUUCUACAAAUACUGCGACCAUGAGAACGCCGCCUUCAAAGAUGUGGCCCUGGUGUUGACGGUCCUGCUGGAGGAGGAGACUCUGGGGAUGAGUUUAAGCCCCAGGGAGGUCGAAGAGAAAGUGAGAGAUCUGCUCUGGGAUCGGUUCACUAACUCAGACACCCCCAACUCCUACAAUCACAUGGACUCUGACAAAUUGAGUGGGCUGUGGAGUCGCAUCUCCCACCUGGUGCUGCCAGUCCAGCCGGUUAAAAUCAUAGAGGAGCAGGGUUGUGCUCUGGAAAACUGAAUGUUGAGAUGUGUCUGUGCCAGCUCACAACAGUGGUAGCAAAGGAGGGGAUGGAGUGCAUUGACAGCUUUGAUGAGUUUGGAGCUGAAAAGCAUCAGUGGAUUCAUUUUUUAAAAUUGGCACUUGUGCCUUGUUUUGAACCUCUUGUAAGGUUCUUCCUGAUUGAAGAGUCGUGAGGCUAAGCAGGUUAAUAUGCCCAUUUAAGACUCCUAUCAGUCAGGAUGAAGGUGUAGCACAAUGGCCUUUUUUUUCCCUCAAUUGAGGCAUUUUUAAAUGUCUGAAAAGAGAAAAAUCCAGGGAGCACAAUUGUCCUGGGAGAAUUUUCAUACCCCUGGGAAAAUUCAGGGGAAACUAACUGUGGGAGUCAUUAUUAUUUGAGUGACACAGCAAUAGAGUUUUUUGGAUAAUGAUUUUAGGAGAUGGCAAUUAGAAUUACAAAUUGUUUUACUUGGUCCAAUUCACAUUAAAUUUUAAGAACUGA